CGAGGCACCGGAAGUCGAAGGGAAGCCGCGGGUUUGAUUUUACCGCAAAGAGAGGAUUGCACGUCUGUCACAACUCAGCUGCAUGUCCUACUGUUCUAGUUUCCAUCUUAGCGAUGACAUCUGUUUGAUAUUUAGGGAACCUACGUAAAAUAGAUAAGUAAAUAAAUAAAAUGAAUCUUGACAGACUUCGAAAGCGAGUGCGGCAGUACAUCGACCAGCAACAGUACCAAAGCGCGCUGUUUUGGGCAGACAAGAUAGCAACUCUUUCUCAUGAAGAUCCCCAGGACAUCUACUGGCUUGCUCAGUGCCUUUUCUUGACAUCGCAAUAUCACAGAGCCUCGCAUGCACUCCGCUCGAGGAAACUUGACAAGAUGUACGGAGCUUGUCAGUAUCUUGCUGCACGAUGCCAUUAUGCCGCCAAGGAGUUCGAGCAGGCUUUAGAUAUUUUAUCAGAGGAGGUAGGCUUUAAGAAGCUGCUGGACAGGAGUGUGAAGGAGGAGGUCGGGACACCAGAGGCAAACAAUUGGGACAUGUCGCCUGCCUCCAUCAGCAGCUCCAUCUGCCUCCUGCGCGGCAAGAUCUACGAUGCCAUGGACAACCGGCCAUUGGCCACCUCCAGCUACAAAGAGGCCUUGAAACUGGACGUGUACUGCUUCGAAGCCUUUGAGCUUCUCACAUCGCACCACAUGCUGACAGCUCAGGAAGAGAAAGACUUCCUACACUCGCUCCCGCUGAGUCAGCAGUGCACAGAGGAAGAAGAGGAGCUGCUUCAUUUCCUAUUUGAGAAUAAGUUAAAGAAGUACAACAAACCCAGUGACCUGGUGGUGCCUGCCAUGGUCAACAAUCUGCAGGACAACUUGGAUGUGGUGGUGUCACUGGCCGAGAGGCAUUAUUACAACUGUGACUUCAAGAUGUGCUACAAGCUCACCUCCACGGUGAUGGUCAAAGACCCCUUCCAUGCUAACUGCUUACCUGUGCACAUAGGAACACUAGUAGAGCUGGGAAAAGCAAAUGAGUUAUUUUAUCUAUCGCACAAACUUGUGGACUUGUAUCCCAACAAUCCAGUAUCCUGGUUUGCCGUCGGCUGCUACUAUCUCAUGGUGGGCCAUAAAAACGAAAAUGCCCGUCGCUACCUCAGCAAAGCCACCACUCUGGAGAGGACGUAUGGUCCGGCGUGGAUCGCCUAUGGUCAUUCCUUUGCCAUGGAGAGUGAGCACGACCAGGCCAUGGCGGCCUACUUUACAGCCGCACAGCUGAUGAAAGGGUGUCAUUUGCCAAUGCUGUACAUCGGUCUGGAGUACGGCCUGACGAACAACUCAAAGCUGGCCGAGCGCUUCUUCAGCCAAGCGUUGAGCAUUGCUCCAGAGGACCCCUUUGUCAUUCACGAGGUGGCCGUGGUUGCUUUUCAGAAUGGAGAAUGGAAGAUGGCUGAGAAGUAUUUUCUGGAUGCCAUGGAGAAGAUCAAAGCCAUUGGGAACGAGGUGACUGUAGACAAGUGGGAGCCUUUACUAAACAACCUGGGUCACGUGUGUCGCAAACUCAAGAAGUACGAUCAGGCCCUGGAGUACCACCGUCAGGCGCUGGUGCUGAUCCCUCAGCAUGCCUCCACAUACGCCGCCAUAGGAUACGUGCACAGCCUCAUGGGCGACUUUGAGAGUGCUAUCGACUACUUCCAUACGGCGCUUGGACUCAAACGAGAUGACACGUUUUCCGUGACAAUGCUUGGCCACUGCAUUGACAUGUACAUUGGUGAAACGGAUGCCUACGAAGUUACCGACAAUCGGCGACAAGGUGAAGAAAGCGCCAAUACGCAAACGCUGAUGAAGGCAAUCAACGCGACAGAGCUCACCGAACCGCUGGCCUCCCCGCGGCUGGAGGACGCCAACGCUAUGACGGUGGAGACGCCGUUGUCUCACCAGGACAAGAUGGUGCUUGACGUACCUCUACGUCUGUCCCUGACGCUGGAGUGCGACAUGUACGAAAGCGACGUCAUGUUGGAUACCCUGUCGGACACCAGCACGUGAUUUUGAUGCAAUGGGUUGUCAUGGAGACACAACCCAGAGUGGAAGGUUCUGGAAGGCAAUCCAGAGGCGUGUGCCUUUCAGGAUCUAUCACAAGACACCUGGACUUUGACGUCAAGUCUCUGGGAAGAAGCCUAGUUGUUUGGAGCCAACAACUCCAACAACCUCAGAACUUAAGACUCGUCACUUUUUUAAUGCUUCUCGUCUGUGGAUUUUUCACCAUGAUGUAGAACUUAGACGAAAAUAAACGUAGACAAAGUUGCAAAAAAGUCUAUUCAAUAAAUCAUGAAUUUUAGCACAUAAGUGUGAAGAUUUUAGUACAUAAGCAUGUGCGUGUGUGUGUGAGAGAGAAGAAGACAUAUUUGGCUGAUAGUGGAAAAAGGUUCAGUGGGAAAUCAGACCACUGUUCUUUCUUACAGUCAUGUCAUUUGCAUUACAUUUCAUUUUGAUCUGUAAUAUGUCCUUUUGUUUCAUUAAUAAUGAUCAAAUGUUUGUCAGUGUUGGCUUUUAGUAAUAAAGUACAUCACGCCAUCUUGUAAAAACCAGAAUUCUAGAAAGUCUUACUUCCAUGGACAAAAAGUUCUUGUGGCCCAUUAUUCUUUUUGUAUGCAUUCCUCCUCAGAGAAAUAACAGCCUUAACAUCCUCCCC